GCUGAUGUUCGUUGUGUUUCCUUCAGACCCAGCAUGAGCGAAGUCCCCUGCAAGAAACGUGAGGACUAUCUGGAAUGGCCCGAGUAUUUCAUGGCCGUGGCCUUCCUGUCGGCACAGAGGAGCAAAGAUCCCAAUUCCCAGGUGGGAGCCUGUAUCGUCAACGCAGAAAACAAGAUUGUGGGCAUCGGGUACAACGGGAUGCCCAACGGGUGCAGCGACGACCUGCUGCCUUGGAGGAGGACAGCGGAGCGGAAGCUUGACACCAAGUACCCUUACGUGUGCCACGCGGAGCUGAACGCCAUCAUGAACAAGAACUCGGCCGACGUGAAGGGCUGCACCAUCUACGUGGCCUUGUUCCCGUGUAAUGAGUGCGCGAAGCUCAUCAUCCAGGCAGGUAUCAAAGAAGUUAUAUUCAUGUCUGAUAAGUACCACGAUAGCGAGGAGUCCACCGCCGCCAGGCUCAUGUUUGAUAUGGCUGGGGUCGCCUUCAGGAAAUUCACACCCAAGUGCAGCAAGAUUGUCAUUGACUUUGAUUCCAUCAACAGCAGGCCCAGCCAGAAGCUUCAGUGAGUCCCGUCCCAUUAAACUUCGGGAGGUGGGGAUAACCCUCCCCCAGGGAGCCGAGCGCCUUUCAUCUGGAAGUUACACGCGCCUUCCCGGCACCAGGCGGCACACGGAGACGCACAGCUCACCCACGCAAAGCCUCAUCUCCCCGACGCUCUCCCCUCGCACGGAGUCUGCAUCUGACUAAGCUACUGAUUUAGGGUUAAGAUAAAGGGGCCUGUGCCCAGCCUGGCUCGAGGCGCUGGCGUGGGCUGCCUUCCCCUUUGCGUGCCGGUUUGCCGGGGUGCAGGGGAGUGUCCCCACGCGCGCUGUCACCCACCGCACGUCACAACUGCUGCACGCGGCUGCAUGUGCUCGGCGGACAGUAACAACCAUCGUGGCCCUGGCGGGAAGAGCCGGCGCGCUGACGGGAACAUCUGACCCCAGUGAAGCAGAGGGUGUAGUGCCCGUGGAAACGAAUGGAGGCCCACAUGGCAGCGGCCCUAAGCCGUGCGCUUUAGAGUGGAGGGGCCCCCACCCGCCAUCCUCAUGGUGGUGGCUGGUGGCGGAGCUGAGUUCUGGGCACUUUCUCUGCUUUUGCUGUCCUGCUUCCCACAGGGGAGUGGCUUCCUGUCCCUCUGGGGGUGGGGACUCCGGUGUUUCUAUGUCUCAUUUUUGGUUUGUUGGUCACAUAUUACUUAGUUGUUCCCAAGCAGACAGCUCAUCCUGUCGCCCCCAAGACCCCAUCCUGCUGUGGGGGUGGGGGCUGUGUGGAUGGGCGGCCAUCAUGGGUCACUCCCAAAGUCACUCCAGGGCCACUCCAAGGCCACUCCCCAGGCCACACCACAGUCUGGGAGUAAAGGAUUCCUAACCUGUAAGUGAGAUGUGCGGAGAUCCAGGUGCCUCCAGGCGGUUUUCACCAGAUCUGGUGACAGGCCCCCUCUGCACGCUCCUGGCUCCCCGCUCCGCACCUUCCUCCUGGGACACUAAUCUCACCUCCCUGUCGCUGUGAGGGGAUGUGGGGGGUGUGGCUGGGUGGACACCUGUCUUUAAUCCCACUCAGUUUUUAUUAAACGUGCUCAGUCCCUUUGUUGAGAAAGUGGUUUCUUUAUCCUAAAGAUUAUGGCUGAUUUUAAAGGGCUCUUAUAUUUUUAUGAGUUUUUAUUUUGUCUCUGAGGUUUUGUACUCCAUAUUCCGGGGCAUUUUGUAAUUUGGCUCCUUACCAACAUUAUUAGAAUCCUAUUAAAACCUACGCCAGCGAAGGA